AUGGAUCGUAGUUGGAUGUAUGGUAGACGUGACACAAAGGAUUUCAUGCAUGGGGUUUCGGAGUUCUGUAUGAGUGCUUUACAACAUAAAGCUAGUACGGGGGCCAAAGAGUUUUAUUGUCCUUGUGCCGAUUGUGAGAAUGUGAACACGGUCAAUAAUGUUUUGGUGAUUAGAGAUCAUGUAUUUAUGCGUGGGUUUAGACCUAAUUACCAUGUAUGGGUUUAUCAUGGUGAGAGUGGAGUGUACGUAGGUAAUUCUAGUCAGAAUGUUGUGCAUGAACAAGAAGAAGCUAUCUAUGCGGAAGGGGAAGCCGAUUGUUUUGAGGAUGAGGAUGACGAUGACGUUGAAAAUAAUAUUGAUGAUGAUAAUGAUCGUGUCGAGGACAUGUUGCACGAGGUCGAGGAUGAAGUUCGCGAUCGUGUUUUUGAGUGCUUGUCUAAGGAGGCUGAAACGCCAUUGUAUCCUGAUUGUACAAAGUAUAGAAAGCUUUCCGCUGUUUGCACACUCUACAAUAUCAAGACAAGCGGAGGCUGGACUGACAUUAGUUUCACUGAGUUGUUGGUGGCGCUAAGUGAUAUGUUACCGGCUGGCAAUGAACUUCCCAGUUCGAACUAUUAUGCCAAGAAGCUCAUGUGUCCCUUUAGUUUAGAGUACAAGAAGAUACAUGCUUGUCCAAGUGAUUGUCUGCUAUAUCAUAAGCAGUAUGAGAAUUUGGAUAAGUGUCCACGGUGCGGAGUGUCGCGUUACAAACGCAAAGGGGUAAGCGAGGGUAAGAAUGUUUACCCAGCUAAGGUGUUGUGGUAUCUUCCCAUAAUACCGAGAUUCAAGCGCUUGUUUUCGAUAAAAAAAGAUGCAAGGAAUUUGAGGUGGCAUGCAGAUCCUGCUGAUUCUCCACAGUGA